AUGUUAGUAGGCGCCAUCACCUUGGCUGAAUGGGCCGGAGAGAUGCCCCUCUUUUGCGCUCUCGCUGGGGGCCAGAACAAGAUGCAGGUUGCCGCCACCCCCAAGCAGGCUUCCUUCCUCGCAAUCUGUCAAGAGCACGGGCCUGGCAGAUCUUCUAUAGAGAGCUUGGUAAUCUUCUCUCACAGCAUCGGGUCAGCACCCCAAGUUCGUGCUAAAAAGUCUUCUCAAGAGGUGCCCCCUGGAGCCAGCAGUGCACUGCUCCCUGCUACGCAUAAGCCGAGCUCCGUCCUGGCAAUGAUCCUGCAAGCGGGGAUGGACGAUCGCAACCCCCCUGCGGCGCAGAGCGCCCCCUUCUUCUGGCCCUUCUCCAAGAGCAGCGGCAACCUGGCCGCCCUCCUCAACCCCGCCCAGGGCUCCAGCUUGGAAAAUGUCGUCACCUCUGCAGCGGCAGCAGCCGCCGCAGCAGCGGCGAAUGCCGCUGUGGCUGCCGUGUUCUCGGCUGCUGGAAUGCCGAAUCCUGUGAGCCAGGAGGCCCAGCAGCGAGGCGGGGGGGGAGCGAUCAUCCGACCCGAGCCUUCUUUGGCUGCCCCAAAGAACUCGUCAGGCAUGGAGGAGAUGCGGCAGAGCACAACGCAGUCCCUGCUUGACACGCUGCAGGCUGCACUGAACAGCCAGAAGGAGGAGGGGACUGCUGGGGUCGAGAAAGACGGGAAUCUAGAGCUGCAGCCAAACCUGGGGCUCUCGCUGGACCUGACCCGCUCCCAGAGCAGCACGCAGAACGCCUUUCUGGCAGCAUUCCAGGCAGCAAACGGGGCCGCAAAGCGUGCCCCUGACGGCCCCUCUUCCCACAAUGCGCGGUCUGAGGGCUCCGAUGCUCUUUUGACAAAGCUGCAGCUGGCAUUGAAAGCUUCCUCGAAGCGGGAUGAGGGCGGGGCAGGUCCCGUCCAUGCUGAGCGCGACCUGAUGUCAGCGCUGGAGGGGGGCCCUCGUGGAAAAAGCGCAGAGGGGGGGAAGAAGAACGACCAAGUGCAGCACGACCGCAGGGCAGUGUUGUGGGAGGAGGCAUGCGAGGAGGAGGAACGAGGCGUGGGGGUUGCUGCAAUUGACGCGAACGGCCGGUCGCUUGGCAAGUCGGGGUCGGGGUUUGGCAAGUCGGGGUCAGGAUACAGCAGCAAGGGGGGCGGCUCGGGGGUGAUCUGGCCAGACCAGGAUGGGCAAGUGGCGGACCCCAUCGAGCUGAGCAAGCGCAGCGCCAGCAUUGCAUGGCCCGAGGACAGCGCCCGGAAGAAGGGGGGCGAGCCCUGGUUAGCGCGCCUGUCGUCGGGAGAUCCCGAGGGGAAACUAGACGCAGUGCAGAAUGGCGACGGGCCCCCCAAGGCAAAGGGGACAUACACGGAGCAGCACCGUGCGGAGCAGGCGCUGCGGACGCUGGCGCAGAUGGCCGGGGGCCGGGACGGGGGCCCCGCUUCGCUUGGGCCGUCGCCAGCGUCGUUUUCUCUCUCCCUAGGGGACAUCCAGCAGCAGUUUGCUUCACCCUCGGGGGGAAAAAGCAACACGGCCCUCGCCCCCCUGACGCUCGCCACAGCGUCGCUGCGCCGGCUGCUUGGGUUGGGCCCACUGCAAAGCCCCGACGCUGGCAAGAGCAGUGACGUGCAUUUCGAUCGGAAUGGGGGGCAUGCAGACGGCCGCCCAGAGGACGAUGUCAAGUCGCCGUUUGAGUUGAACCCCCUGCUGCGUGCUGGGGGCAGUGGCCCUGCCUCUGUGGGGGGGGGGAGCGCUGCAGGAACGCCGACUGUGGUUGGGUUCAAGCGAGAGCGACUGGAAAGCAUUGAGCGAUACAAGGAGAAGCGGCGAAGGCGGCAGCUCAACGUGACCGAGUCGAAGCAAAGCGACCGAUCCGAUGAGGAGGACGGGGGGGGAGGAGACGAGCCAAAGAAGGGGGGUAGGGAUGAGCCAGCGAGGUCGCCGACGCCCCCCCGGAUGCGGGGCCCGAUGCCGAGCCCCAGCCCGAAGGGGGAGGAGCGAUCGGCGACACCUCCCCCGAGCCGAGAGGGAUCCCCCGGCGUGACGGUGGCUCAGCCGGCUGGGGGGCGCAGGAGACGGUUGGCGCAGCUUCCGCUAGACGAGGCUAAGGCGAAGAACGUGAUGGCGCACCGAGCGUCGGCGGCGCGGAGCAAUGCAAAGAAGAAGGCCGCCCUGGAGCGCGUGCAACGUCUGGAGGCCAUGCUAGGCCCCGUGCGGGCGGCGCUGAUCGGCGCGUGCGAGCGGGACGACGAACUGAAGCAGCUGCUGCUCAAGCGGGCGGGCUCAAAGGUGGACGCGCUGUCCAAGUUUGUGGACGGGGAGCAGUCGCUGGACGACCUGUUGCAGGCCACAAGUAUAAGUAGUAAAAAGUGACAUGUACAUAGGUUGCAGCAUGCUGAAGCAAAUUGACAGCACCAUCGCUUGUGUACUAGAGUAACUUGGAAGUCGGAAGUUGUCAGAAAGGAAUUUGUGCCAGGUACUAAGAAAACAGCUUGUUGGCUGAAAAUCGCCAGAAUAGUCCGAUGACUUUUUCAAUAGCAACUGCAUUAUAAUGAUUGUUCUCCUGAGUUCGGCUGAUUUCCUAGUGGGUCGAAACUAUAGUGAUGCGUCACACUUUGUCAAGUCCAAUGGUCUCUUUUCGUACUCGC